AUGUCGUCGGUUCGGUUCACUUCCGCAUUGGCUCGCCGCUCCCUCAACUCCCCUCUCUCCUGCGCUGCCCCUCCUUGUUCCUCCGCUCUUCGCUCAUUCUCCUCUGCCUCUUAUUCUGCCCGAUCUUCUUAUUCUCCCUCUUCUUCUGCUUCCCCCUCUACCGCUCGCGCUCUUGCCUCGUCCUCUGCCCGCAUCUCCCACCCCGCAGCUACUCGUGCUCUGUACCGCAUCCAAUCCCGCACCAUGGCGACCGAAGGACCCAAGAUCAAGGUUAAGAACCCCGUCGUGGAGUUGGACGGUGAUGAGAUGACCCGCAUUAUCUGGAAAGAAAUCAGAGAAAAGUUGAUCUUACCCUUCCUUGACGUCGAUCUCAAGUACUACGACCUGGGCAUUGAGUACCGUGACCAGACCGAUGACAAGGUCACCGUCGACUCCGCUGAGGCCAUCAAGAAGUAUGGCGUCGGUGUCAAGUGCGCCACCAUCACUCCUGAUGAGGCCCGUGUCGAGGAGUUCAAGCUGAAGAAGAUGUGGCUCUCUCCCAACGGCACUAUCCGUAACAUCCUCGGUGGUACCGUCUUCCGUGAGCCCAUCGUCAUUCCUCGCAUCCCCCGUCUCGUUCCCGGCUGGACCAAGCCUAUCAUCAUCGGCCGUCACGCCUUCGGUGACCAGUACCGUGCCACCGACCGUGUGAUCCCCGGUCCCGGCAAGCUUGAGCUUGUCUACACCCCCGAGGGUGGUCAGCCCGAGUCCGUCAAGGUCUACGACUUCCAGGGCGGCGGUAUUGCCCAGACUCAGUACAACACCGACGAGUCGAUCAGUGGCUUCGCCCACGCCAGUUUCAAGCUCGCUAUCGCCAAGAGCCUCCCUCUGUACAUGAGCACCAAGAACACCAUCCUGAAGAAGUACGAUGGUCGCUUCAAGGAUAUCUUCCAGGAGAUCUUCGACACCACCUACAAGAAGGAAUUCGAUGCCAAGGGUAUCUGGUAUGAGCACCGUCUCAUUGACGACAUGGUCGCCCAGAUGAUCAAGAGCGAGGGUGGCUUCAUCAUGGCUCUUAAGAACUACGACGGUGACGUCCAGUCCGAUAUUGUUGCCCAGGGCUUCGGCUCCCUCGGUUUGAUGACCUCGACUCUCAUUACUCCUGACGGCGAGACCUUCGAGGCUGAGGCCGCCCACGGCACCGUCACCCGCCACUACCGCGAGCACCAGAAGGGCCGCGAGACCUCUACAAACCCCAUUGCUUCCAUUUUCGCCUGGACUCGUGGUCUUGUCCAGCGUGGUACGCUCGAUGGGACCCCCGAUGUCGUUAAGUUCGCCGAGGAGCUCGAGCUCGCCUGUAUCGACGUCGUCAACGAGGAGGGCAUCAUGACCAAGGAUCUUGCUCUUGCUUGCGGCCGCAAGGAGCGUGAGGCGUGGGUCACCACCCGCGAGUACAUGGCUGCUGUCGAGCGCAGACUCCGUUCCAACCUGAAGUCCCGCCUGUAA